UGUCAGCGAGCGCAUGCGCAAACCGGCGGCCAGACUCAGCAGUGACGAACGCGAGCUAGCUUCUCGUACUGUUCAGUGAAUUUCGAGCCGUGCUCUCGCUGACUUAUCUUAAACAUUUGUUGUUGAACCGUGAGUCGUUUCUACCGAGCGGGAUUAACGUGAUCGAGGCGUGAAAGAAUAUGCCCAAAAAUAAAGGUAAAGGAGGAAAGAAUCGGCGACGUGGAAAGAACGAGAAUGAGUCUGAGAAGAGAGAGCUGGUGUUCAAAGAGGAUGGACAGGAAUAUGCUCAGGUGAUUAAAAUGCUGGGGAACGGUCGUCUGGAGGCCAUGUGCUUUGAUGGAACCAAGCGGCUUUGCCACAUCAGAGGAAAACUCCGGAAAAAGGUUUGGAUUAACACGUCAGACAUCAUCCUGGUCGGCCUGAGAGAUUACCAGGAUAACAAAGCUGACGUCAUCCUCAAGUAUAACGCAGACGAGGCUCGCAGUUUGAAAGCCUACGGAGAGCUGCCAGAGCACGCCAAAAUCAACGAGACAGACACCUUCGGACCAGGAGACGAUGAUGAGAUCCAGUUUGAUGACAUUGGCGAUGACGAUGAGGACAUUGAUGAUAUCUAAAGACCUGCAACUGGAGGAGGAAGGCGGGAUUUUACUAGAGAUGCUCCGACUGGGAUAUUUUGAGCCGACACGCCGCACCGAUAAUGAUUAUUUUUUAUUGAGAUCAGCCUAUGCCAAUCCAAUACAGUUUAUUGAUAUACAGUAUGUUUCAAGUUAUUUCAUUUUGUUAAUCAUCAGUAGACGUCUUUCUUGUUUUGAAGAACUUCAAGUGCAUUUCAAGUAGGGGAGAAAACGACACCAGUACUUUGAAUUUAUUGUAAACAUGAAUGAACAUGAAUGAUGCUGCUUUAGUACGACUGUCUCCGUCAUCACUCGUAGCAUCCGGAGGGCGACGCAGCGGGCUGCCUGGUGACUGAUGACGACCGAGACAGUUUGCUUUUUCUGCCUUCAUGCGGUUGGAUUGGAGAAUCAGAGUAGGCUGAUCACCAGCAUCAUAUUUAGGGUGAAUAUCUGGAGCACUGCUAGACUUCUACCUUCUUGCUUCAAACAUCAACAACACGGCAACUCUCAUCGUAGAGGUCUUCUUUUUCUUCUUGUAUAGUCAAAGAAACACUCACUAUUUAGAGGAGGCUCAUACUGAUUUCUUUACUGCUAAAUAUCUCACACCAAAUGCGUCAUCUUUUUAAAAAUGUAUUUAUAUUGAUUUCACACUAUGUGGAAUUUAGCAACAAGUACAGAAUCUCUGGAUUCGCCAAUAAAAAGAUAAACCAUUUUGUGUAUUUGUUCCUUUGGCAGUCUGUAUCAUCGUAGCUGUGGCCUGUAAGACAGUUUGACAGGAGUAAGAUGCUAACAUGCUAACACUGAGUACGGCUCUGUAUCCUUUCACCCUGUUAACGUCGCAUUCCUCUGACAACUUAUUACAAUGAACUAUUUGCUUGUUUUGGAUCGAACCACGGCCGAAUGAAGGCGAUCCCCUCUCCCCUUGAAAUCAGAAGAAGAUUGAGAAAUGUAUUUUUCUAUUGUUUCCCUUAUUUGUGUUGCUGUCUGUUUUUUGUUUCCAUGUUCUGUUUUGAACUCUUGGCUGCUCGCUCUGUGGCUUCAACAGGCCGUGAAGCUCGGCCCGGUCGGCCGCUCCGUCUCAUGCUAGACCAGCGGUUCCCAAACCCUUUUUCACCACAGACUCAGACUCUCACACACACCAGUAAAACCUCACGUCAGAGCAGAAAGUCUCACACACUCUCAGAACCUCUAGAAAGUCUAAUAACAAUACUUUAUUUUCCAUGUUCCCUGAGGGGGCCCGGCACCUCAUUUUGGGAACCACUGCUCUAGAUCACAUGGGCCCUGUUGCUGCUCUUGCUGUAACUCUGAUAAAAGAAAAAUGUACUAUGUUUGAAGGCUGGGUUUCCAAUAAAGAUCUUAACUCCA